AUGGGGACCAUUACGCAGAAGAUCAAAGACAUUGAAGAUGAGAUGGCUCGCACGCAGAAGAACAAGGCAACAGCGCACCACUUGGGCCUGCUAAAGGCCAAGCUGGCGAAGCUUCGGCGAGAGAUCCUCACGCCCUCGGGCGGCAAGGGAGGCGGAGCUGGGGAAGGGUUCGACGUGACGAAGAGUGGGGACUCGCGAGUGGGGCUUGUGGGUUUCCCGUCCGUGGGAAAAUCGACGCUUCUAAACAAGCUGACAGGCACAUUCUCUGAGGUGGCAUCGUACGAGUUCACAACGCUCACGUGCAUCCCGGGUGUCAUUCGGUACCGAGGAGCCAAGAUCCAGGUCAUCUCCACCGCCCGCACGUGCAACUGCAUUGUGAUCGUGUUGGAUGCCAUCAAGCCCAUCACACACAAGCGACUGAUUGAGAAGGAGCUUGAAGGGUUUGGUAUCAGGCUGAACAAGGAGCCUCCGAACCUCACCUUCAGGAGAAAGGACAAGGGCGGCAUCAGCAUCACAGCAGCGUGCAGCGUCACCAACCUGGACCUGGACACGGUGAAGGCCGUGUGCUCCGAGUACCGCAUCCACAACGCGGACGUGCAUCUGCGAUACGAUGCGACGGUGGACGACCUGAUCGACGUGAUUGAGGGCAGCCGCGUGUACAUCCCGUGUGUGUACGCUGUCAAUAAGGUCGACCAAAUCACGCUGGAGGAGCUGGAAGUGUUAGACAAGCUGCCCCAUUACUGCCCUGUCAGUGCUCACUUGGAGUGGAAUCUGGACGGAUUGCUCGAGAAGGUGUGGGAGUACCUUGACCUCGUGCGAGUGUACACCAAGCCAAGGGGGGCGAAUCCGGACUACGAGGAUCCGGUGAUCCUGUCGGGCAAGUCCGUGUCGGUGGAUGACUUCUGCAACCGUAUUCAUAAGGACAUGUCCAAGCAGUUCAAAUAUGCUCUCGUGUGGGGAUCCAGUGCCAAGCACAAACCGCAACGAGUAGGCAAGGAGCACGAAUUGGAGGAUGAAGAUGUUGUGCAGAUUGUGAAGAAGGUGUGA